AUGUCCAAUAAUCAAAAGAAAGACAGUUAUGUUAUCUGCAAAUGUCCAGACUGUACAAAGUUGGAUAGCUGUGGAAAGAAACAGAAAAGACAAAAUGCACAACGACACUAUGAGAAACAUAUAGUGCCUGUUGCCAAAGACGAUGCAAUGGAUGUUCCUGAAGAACAUUUUGACGACAUGGAAGUAGAUAGUAUUGACAGUGACAAUGACAAUGAUUAUGAUUACAAGAACGAAGGCGAAGGCGAAUAUGAAGACAAAAAUGAAGAACAAAACAUUGAAUUUGAUCAAGAAGUUGACUUACCUUUGUCCCAAGAAGAGUCCAUCUUUACUGUCAAAGAUACAAUUACAGGAGCAUUUGUGGUUGAUGGCGAUGAGAUUGAAGAAGGUGAUACCAGUUUUGAUUUUGAACAAGAAGAAAACUUUGAUGAGACCAGUGGGACCUCGAUAGUAGAAUCAGUUCGUCCUUCGUCUUUUGAUAACAUGCCCUUGUAUAUCCGCUUUGUUGCAGUAUUCAUUGUCAUAUUUCACUUGAUCUUUUUGGUGGAAAGCGGUGAAUCGAUUCUCAUUGAAUUUUGUAAUACUCUACUGUCUCUCUGUGAUAUGUCUGGCGCCCUUCCACUGACGAUCAAUAGCUUGAAGCAUAAGACAGGAUUUAACAUGGCAACAGACAGAAUGACAGUAUACAUUGCAUGCUCACAAUGUCAUUCGAUUUAUCCUCCGGAAACAAGUCAAAGAGUCUGUACAUUUAAGAAAUUCUCUCAAUCCGCCAUUUGCAACAACAAUCUCUUUAAAGUGUCAACCGGAAAUCGUUCUCUUCCAGCAAUGAUAUAUCCAUUCAACUCUCUGAAGUACGCCUUGCAACAAAAAUUCUCCAAGCCAGAUUUCGUGUCCAAGAUCAAUUUGUGGAGAAAAAAAGAAAACAGCACUCGGUGGUCAGAGCUUCAUCGGUUAUCUUACUUUGACCCAGUCCACUUUACAGUUAUAGACCCGAUGCAUAACCUCUAUCUUGGAACUGCAAAGCGAAUGAUUCAGAUAUGGCGCGAGUGUAACUACAUCAAUGAAAAGAAUCAGUUAACUAUGCAAGAGCUUGCCAAUGGUAUUGUUGUACCUUGUGGAUAUGCGCGUAUAACAAAGAAGAUUGCCGAUGGGUUUUCAUUCAUGAAAGCUGACAAGUGGAAGUCGUGGUGCGUCAUAUACUCUCCAUUUGUUCUGAAGCAUGUGCUCCCAGCCAAGAAUCUCGAAAACUGGAUUUUGUUUGUUGACGCAUGCCGCUUACUCACAAAACCUUCAAUCAAUGACAAAGAAAUAGACGAAGCCCACAGUAAACUCCAAUUGUUUUGUACAAGAUUUCAGACACUGUAUGGAAAAUCGGCCGUGACACCGAAUAUGCAUCUACAUCUUCAUCUUGGCGAGUGUGUUCAUGACUUUGGGCCAAUUUAUGCUUUCUGGUUAUUCAGUUUCAAGAGAUACAAUGGUUUGUUGAAGAAUAUCAAAACAAAUCAAAAAGGCGGCUUCGAAUCAACAAUGAUGAAGAGAUUUUUGGAGAGAACAUACAUUGGCAGCUUCAUACAAUCUUUCGUCAACCAUCUCCCCCAGUUCGCAAUUGACUUUCUGCAUCGCAUUUCAAAUAGUCAAGAUCAAUUAGCAGCAUUGCAUCCAUCUUCUACUGCCAGUACCUUUUCUCUGUCUGACUUUGUUGAAUAUUCGUUAAACCCUCGUCAUUCUGCUUUGGGUUGUGAGCCGUUGCCCCCUUCAGUGUUUCCGAUUAAACUCAACCAAAGGAUUACAAUGUGCAAGGGACAUUAUGAAUGUUUACUGGAGUUUUACAGACACGCGUAUGGCAGUCACGAUCUUUUUGGCCAUUAUUCAAACUGCGAGUCUAACCAGAUUUUUGUCAAUAACCGAAUUGAGAAAAUGAAACGGAUAUCUCUUCUUGGACAGGAAUACUCUUCUGGAUCUUAUUUCCGCGCCUAUUAUCUUGAGAAUAACAGUGAAGAUAAAGCAGCGUUUCCUGGCCGUAUACUGUAUUUAUUUCAACAUUUGAUAACUAUCAACGAAACUGUCAUCACCCAUACUUUUGCGUUUGUUGAGUGGUACUCUAGUUAUUCUUCGGGGAGUUACCAGCCAAUGUUAAAUGAAGGCAUUGAGCUCUGGAAUGAACCUUCUUCUGUACUUAAUUAUGAAUGUAUUAUUCCAGUACAUCGUUUAUAUUCACCAAUCGCAAUUGCUAAAUAUAGGUUUACUAUAACUAGUGAAUUUAAACGUUUAGUAAUCCCUUUACCCCAAAAAAUAGAAGCUUAA